CUGCGUGUGUACUUCCGGUGUUUGUGUCUCUGCUGUGUUCACAUUGUUGUAUCCGACCGUCUUUCAGCGUAAACUAACAGAACACAACUGGCUACUAAAUUUGUUAAAAAUGAGAGAGAUGUUUGAUGCCUGAUGAGUUAACUUCUGCUGUGUUGAGAAAGAAGCUCAAAGUGACCCAAGUGAUGGCUGAGGGGGGCGACAUGGCGGGGAGCUCCAGCACGGACGUGUUCCGUAUGGAGGAGCGUCCGGAGCAUGGCAUGAAGGUCCUACAAGGACUCAACAAACUGAAGCAAGAUGGAAUCCUGUGUGACGUGACACUAAUCGCUGAAGGCACUCGUUUCAAUUGUCACCGGGUUAUCCUGGUUUCCUGCUCUGACUACUUCCUGUCCAUGUUCACGAGUGGUAUGCGCGAGUGCAACCAGAAGGAGAUAGAGCUGAAGGGCAUCACAGCCAAAGGUUUGGAGAAAGUGAUCGAGGUUGUGUAUACCUCCACUACCACUCUAGAAGGUGAUGAUAUCUUUGAUGUGAUUGCUGCUGCCACCCACUUGCAAGUGACUCCUGUGAUUGAGUUCUGCGAGAGGAACUUUUUGAGUGGCAUGAACACUUCCAACUUUUAUGACUUUAUCAACACAGCCAAGCUGUACAGCAUGCACAACGCACUGAAGCAGAUCGAUGUCUUCAUCGCCCGCAAUCUCAUGCAGAUUGCCAAGGAGAACACUCUGAACCUGCUGACCUUCGAGCAGAUGGUGAGCUGUCUGAACAGUGACAAGCUCUGUUUCAGAGAGAUGGACAUUUUCCACAUCACUUGGGAGUGGCUGCGCAUGGAUGCAAAGCGUCUGUGCAACGCCCCUGUGCUGAUGAAGCUCAUCCGGUUCCCUCUGAUCAACCCGGCCGACCUGGUUCACCAGGUGCAGCGUGUAGAGCUCAUGAUGAGCAGCCCGGAGCUGCGGCAGAUGGUUCUGACAGCCCUCAACUACCACGUGGUGCCGCAUUCGCAGCCACUGCUCAACACCUCAUCCACUCGGCUACGUUCCUUCGUGGAGCGGCUGGUGAGUGUGGGGGGCCGGGAAAUCCACCCCAACCCGUGCCUCCACGACGAGCUGCUGGUGUUUGACUCCCGCAUCACUUCCAGCAGCCUGCUGAACCGCCAAGAGAUCGCCACGCUGCCCAGCGCCCUCAGCCACAUGCAGGUGCUGGUUUACAACAAUUUUCUAUAUGUGCUGGGAGGUUGCACCACGCAGUGCGCACAUGGGGAGUCGGCCGUCAACUCGGUGCUGCGCUAUGACUCACGGUUUGACACAUGGUUCCAGGUGUGCCCCAUGCUGAACAAAAGAGCUUACUUCUUCGCCGGUGCCCUGAACAAUAGGAUUUACUCUGUGGGCGGCAAGUUCAAGGAUGGUAGUCUGGCCACUGCGGAAUGCUACGACCCGGCAGAGAAUACGUGGGAGUUAAUCUCGUCCAUGCCCAUGUCCUACCAUGCGCACGCCGGUGCCACCUAUGGCAGCCACAUCUUCAUCUCUGGUGGCUACUCGGGCAACCACUUCACUCCAGACAUGCAGCGCUAUGAUCCGACCAGCAACCAGUGGGAGGACAUGGCUCCCAUGUUAACACCCCGCGGCUGGCACGUCAUGUGCGCCUCCCACGACAAACUUUUUGUAUUUGGAGGCUGCAACCUGAAUGUGAACCAACAAGCUCAGCCUGUGAUGCAGUCCGAGUGCUACGACCCGGCCACUGACCAGUGGACCAUUGUAGCCCCCUUGUCCAUUUCCCAUAAAGAGGCUUCAUGUGUGGUGUACCGUGACCAUAUCUACGUCCUGGGAGGCUACAAUGUGCAGACAAAGACGGGCCAGAAACUGGUCAGUAAGUAUGAUGUCUACACAGGAAUCUGGGAGACGGUGGGAGCCUUGCCCCGUAGCCUGACGGGGGUGGGGUACUGCACCAUACGCCUGCCAUCGUACGACCCUGAUGAACUCCAAGCUGAGACAGACUAGCCCUGCAGGCAUUAAAAAAUGGACGGUACUAAUGUGUGACACUUUUUCUUGGGAAGGAGGAAGGUAGGUGGCAGAAAAACUGGGGUACUGGACUGUCGGCUGAAUGGCUCCCGAGAUGAUGCUACAACUGGUGUUGUCUACCCGAGGGUUGCUGAUGGUGUCGUCUGCGUCUCCGACUGUGUACUCCGACACUUUUGUCUCUCAUAGCUGGCCGUGUGAUCCUCCCCUUUCCACCCCGCACACUAGCCACGAGCAUAAUAUCACUAUUUGAAGUUGCUGUGGGACCCCACAUCUACCCGUAACAUCUGUGAAACAGGGCUAAAGUAAAGAACUGCUCCCCACCUCUCCUCAAACUGGCUAUUGACACUCUUAUCAUUUUGAAAUCAAUAAGUGAUGAAUAGAGAGGAGAGGAGUCAGAAGUAUGCAAUAUUGCACAGAUAUGGAGGGGGGGCGGGGAUCUGUUCAUUACUUUAGCAUAACAUUUCAAAGGUAGGGGCGUGGGAACUGGAGAAAGGUCUGCCUCCUGAGCCCCUUCCUGCCAUCCAUGUCAUUCAGUUUGACUUUCUUUAUGGAUCAUCCUAAAAAGAACGGAGGUACACGUACAUGUGAUGAUACUCUUCCUACAGAAUUGUGCAACAGGGAUAUGUGAUAUGUGCCAGAAGUUUGCAUUAUUGUGCAGUUCUAAAAAAAAAACUCUGACUAGGACUGAUGUAUCAUCAGCUGACGUGUGUGAUAGGGGAAGAAGGCAUCUGCAAAGUCGUGAUUGAUACGCCUGUCUUGCAUGCUAUGAUAGUGGAUGUUUUUGUGUGGUCUGGUGCUGGUUGUUUGGGUAAGAAGAUCUGUGUUUGGAUGAGGAUGAAGAUAUUGAUGAAUAAAUGUGUAAUGACUUCAGCGGUUGAUUGUUGAGUAUGUGUUUGUCUAUUUGAGGUAUUGGUGAGAACAUGGAACACUGCUGAAAAGUGUCCACUGGUACGUUGUGUAACUUCAGGGUUUCUCUUGGUUUUAACUGAUAACUGACAGAACACAAAAAAAACAGAUUGAUCAGGAUUAUAAAGAUUUAUAUCUUGUAUAAAAUGGAGAGGGUGGGGUUGUAAGAUGUUCAUAUGCUGUCUUGUUCCUUUAUGAUGUUGAGUUGGCCUAAAAAAAUAUUGUGCUAUCAUUUUAUAGCUUCCAUGGAAUGGUAUUGAGAUUAUUAACUUAGCAAUUUAGUUUUAAAUUUUCUUAUUGUUUCCAUUCUUUUAUUGUGUUUCCCUGUAAGCACCUUUUUUAGAAUAUGUAGUUGGGCAGGGGCACAUCAGUAUUAACAACUUGCAAAGAACAUAGUGAAUCUGGUAAAAUGACACUUGAAACUGCAUUUGAUUGUAAACUCUCUAUUCUUAACAGCAUGCUUUUUGUUGAACAGAUUCCUUUAUAAUAUAGACACUGUCACUGAUUUUGAUUUGGAAUUUCAUCUUUUUCUUGCAUGUCCAAAAGAGGGGUGUUUGAUCAUGUAGCUCUGAACUGGAGGUAAUGAUUUCGGUAAUUUAUCAGCGCCAUUCCACUAUCGCCCAAAUCAAUUUCUAUGGGUUUCCUUUCCAAUAAAGGUAUAAAUAGGCGUCUUGCAA